AUGACAACUAAACUUGCUUCAUUUCUCGAAAGCAAUGCUAAGUUCGCCGAGAACUAUGUGCAACCCCCUCCACUCCUGAAGAUGCGAGAGAUGUGGGCGCGAAAAGGCGCCAAGGGAACAGUAAUCUUGUCUUGCAGCGACCCAAGAGUCAUUCCCGAAAGAUUCAUGGGCUUGGACUUCGAAAACCCGGCGGCCGUCAUCCGGAACGCAGGUGGAAGAGCCAUGGAUGCGAUGCGAACAUUGCAGGUUCUCAACACCAUCACUCCACUUGAUCUGAUCAUAGUCGUUCAUCAUACUGAUUGCGGCACGACUCAUGUCCCCGACAGCGAAGUGCGGGAAAGAAUCAAGCAAAUAUCUUCUCUUCCUGCCGAAGACAUUGAUGCUAUUGAGUUUGGCGAGAUCACGGAUCUAGAAGCCAGUAUUCGCGAGGAUGUGGCUAUGAUCAAGGAUGAUCCUUUGUAUGGAGGAAACGCUCCGGCGGUGGUUGGAUUACUGUACGAGAUUGAAACUGGCAGAUUGAGACAGGUAGAAUGA